AUGAGCCUGACGCCAGUGGAUAUAUGGAUCGAAUCGGUGACUGGCGAACGGUGGUCGGAACGAGUCAGACUAUUUGAAACGAUCGGCGAACUAAAAAAGAGGGUAUGGCGGAGAAAGCGGAUCGUACCCAGUCGCCAGGCUAUAGUUUUCGCUGGGCGAUCCUUACCAGAUGCAGUGGAAAUGGAUACCAUAGGGAUUCGUGAAGGUUCCACUCUCAAACUUGUGGUAGUAGCCAGAUCUGGCCCAGCCAAUGGAAGAGAACAAGAUGACGCCAUGCUGCUAAGCGACGAAGUCAGUGAUCGCGAAUAUAGACACCGAAGCAGGAGAGGAUGUAGCGCAGCUGAAGAUACUAGUGCUAAAGAGAGCAGUGCUGGAGAGACAGAAAGAGAGCAUGACGUAGAUGAUGAAAAAAGACUGGCGAUGAAAAUUGCUGAGAUUACGGUAGCAAAUGGUUCCCGUCACGUCAGACGACCCAGGACGAAUAGCCAUUGUGCGGCAAAAGAUCUUCCUGCAUACGAUGCUGAUUGCGUUCCAGAGUCUCAUGGUGAAGUGCCUGAAACAAACGGAGCAGGAAUGAAUCUGACGUUAGAGAAGUUGGAGAAUCUUCGCGUCGAUUCACCUACUGGCGAUGAAUUGGUAUCAGAGGAUCCGUCAGAGCUGUCAUCAGGAAUGAUCGUUUGUGAUCUGACAAACGAGUUUCGAAGACAAAAGGUUCGCCGUCACAGGCAUCCACCAGCGCCUUCAACCUGUCGCCAACGAGCACGCAGCAAACCACGAGUUGCUCGUGAAGGAUCAUCGUCAGAUGAGACCGAAGCCAGUCAGACUCAUCAUGUCGUGUUUGCAUUGCCAGUCCGCCGAGGUGUAUCUACCCGAACUGUACGGUCGGUAGCGAUUAGAGGUGGAGCUGCGCGCUGUAAUGUAUGCGCAUUCAGAAUUAAUAGCGCUUUCAACUGCAGGUGCGGCAAAACUCUGUGCUCACGACAUCGAGCUGCACAAUCACAUACUUGCUCGAAAAUUCGAGCAAAAUUGCAGCAAGUUGGAUAUCAAAAACAUUUUCGAUAA